CAAAACUCAAUCCAAAGCAGAAGGGUUUUCUCACUUAAAACACACAACCAACUACACAGUGUAAAACUAUACAACCCUGUAGAAUGUCUGCUUAAAUAAACAGGCUGAAAAGAUGGUUGGCUUAUGCCAAAUCAGCCAUCAAAAUCUACCUGGGGAAGCAUAUUCCAUUUUUUUAAAAGGAAGGGGGAAUACCUGGUUUAUUUGAAAUUGGAAUGAAUCUGUUCUGUAACCUUUCAGUUAGUUUUAAGCUAAUUGAGUGCCCUUGUCAAUAGUUAUAGCACACAAAAGUAGUGCCUAGACAGAACCAUGACAGGGCAUUUUUCAAACUUAUCGUACUGUCUCUCUCCCUGGGUUUUUCAUCUCGGAUUUCAAAUCCCCCUUCCUAAGGAAAAGUUGACCUUCACAUUUCAGGCCUUGUGUCUCCUCCCAGUACCCAUCAUUUGUGGGUAAAGUCAAACUGGGUUUCAAGUCUCUAUUUCCCUUAACUGAGUUUAAUGAAUUUCAGUUGUUUUCAAAAUCUGCAGUCUGUUCAUUGUGCCAACUCUGCACUGCAGAGAAGUCUUCGCGUGGAAUCUCCAGCUUGGCUCCUACAAACAAACAGUCACUACAAACAGGUUUAGUAUUCACUGGGGGAGAGGAGCCAAAAGUGACCCUCAUCUGAGUUCUGGUAGGCCGGAAACCCAGCAGCAUCCCAGGGCCCCGCCUGGGCGCUGUCCUUGGUGCUGCCGGAUCCUUGGGCGCUCCUGCGCCUUACCUGCUGGAAGCUGCCGAGAUUCCCCAACCGUUAAGCAGACUGGAGCGUCACAUCUCACUUUUAACACAAAUGAAUACCCCGACCUGUCCUCUUUGUCCCUUUCCAGGAGAUUUCAGAUCGGCCAUUCCUCAAAAAUUCUCUUUCUCUUUUUUCUUCUGCGUAACUCUUGGCUCUUCUCUGCCUGCUUUAAGACAAGGGGGAGGGGAAGGAAAGGGUGGACUGACAAGGGCGAUAAGAAAGAGUGGGGGUGGAAAAAAAAGUGUGGGAGAGGGAGGGAAGGGAUGAAAGACGAGGCGGCAAAGAAAAAAAGUUCCAUGGGCAUGGGCUGCAAGGGAAAUGCUGGGUGGUAACUAAAAGAGAGGGGGUUGGGGGGAGAGGAAGGGCCGCAAGGGGAGUUGGGGGGGGGGUGACAAAGAACAGCAGAGCCUAAGGCCAAAAGUACGGAAGAAAGAAACUAAGAGGCAGGGGACCAAAGAAGAGCCAGGAGGCCGGAGAAAAACUGCCCAAAGGGCCGGAGAGUGACUAGACAAAGAAAGGGCGCUGGGUCGGCACUUGCACCAAGGCUAUGAACUGCAAACUGCAGGAGAAACGCAGAAAAGGGAGAUCUACAGGGUGACAAGUGGUCUGGGACCCAAGGGGACGCUGGAGAAGGACCGGCCGGGCUGCACCCAAGUGCGGGGUCCACUGUGGCGCGGGCCCACGUGGAGCGCAGAGCGGCCGCUGAAUCACCGCAGGGCUUAUCUCCCCCUUCCCCCCACCCCGGCCCGGUGCCCGCAGUCCCCGCCUCCUCGACCGCCGCCUCCACGGGGCGGGGCCCUGGCCCGGGACCAGCUGCUCGGCUAUAAAGGGGCUGCGGCGAGGCCGGCAGAACGCUGUGACAGCCACACACCCCAAGUCCUCCAAGAUGAGCUACACGCUGGACUCCCUGGGCAACCCGUCCGCCUACCGGCGGGUCACCGAGACCCGCUCCAGUUUCAGCCGCGUGAGCGGGUCCCCGUCCAGCGGCUUCCGCUCGCAGUCCUGGUCCCGCGGCUCGCCCAGCACCGUGUCCUCCUCCUACAAGCGCAGCGCGCUCGCCCCGCGCCUCGCCUAUAGCUCGGCCAUGCUCAGCUCUGCGGAGAGCAGCCUCGACUUCAGCCAGUCCUCCUCGCUGCUCAACGGCGGCUCCGGAGGCGACUACAAGUUGUCCCGUUCCAAUGAGAAAGAGCAGCUGCAGGGACUGAACGACCGCUUCGCCGGCUACAUCGAGAAAGUGCACUACUUGGAACAGCAGAACAAGGAGAUCGAGGCGGAGAUCCAGGCUCUGCGGCAGAAACAGGCCUCGCAUGCCCAGCUGGGUGAUGCUUACGACCAGGAGAUCCGAGAGCUGCGAGCCACGCUCGAGAUGGUGAACCACGAGAAGGCGCAGGUGCAGCUGGACUCCGAUCAUCUGGAGGAAGACAUUCACCGGCUCAAGGAGCGCUUCGAGGAGGAGGCGCGGCUGCGCGACGACACGGAGGCUGCCAUCCGCGCUCUGCGCAAAGACAUCGAGGAGUCCUCGAUGGUAAAGGUGGAGCUGGACAAGAAGGUUCAGUCGCUGCAGGAUGAGGUGGCCUUCCUGCGAAGCAAUCACGAAGAGGAGGUGGCCGACCUGCUGGCUCAGAUCCAGGCGUCGCACAUCACGGUAGAGCGCAAAGACUACCUGAAGACAGACAUCUCCACGGCCCUGAAGGAGAUCCGCUCCCAGCUCGAGUGUCACUCAGACCAGAAUAUGCACCAGGCCGAAGAGUGGUUCAAAUGCCGCUACGCCAAGCUCACCGAGGCAGCCGAGCAGAACAAGGAGGCCAUCCGCUCCGCCAAGGAAGAGAUCGCCGAAUACCGGCGCCAGCUACAGUCCAAGAGCAUCGAGCUCGAAUCCGUGCGUGGCACUAAGGAGUCUCUGGAGCGGCAGCUCAGCGACAUAGAGGAGCGCCACAACCACGACCUCAGCAGCUACCAGGACACCAUCCAGCAGUUGGAAAAUGAGCUUCGGGGAACAAAGUGGGAGAUGGCUCGUCAUUUGCGAGAAUACCAGGAUCUCCUCAACGUCAAGAUGGCCCUAGACAUCGAGAUCGCCGCAUACAGGAAACUCCUGGAGGGUGAAGAGACCAGAUUUAGCACAUUUUCUGGAAGCAUCACGGGGCCUCUGUACACACACCGACAGCCCUCGGUCACAAUAUCCAGUAAGAUUCAGAAGGCCAAAGUCGAGGCUCCCAAGCUCAAGGUCCAACACAAAUUUGUGGAGGAGAUCAUCGAGGAAACAAAAGUGGAAGACGAGAAGUCAGAAAUGGAAGACGCCCUCACAGCUAUCGCGGAGGAGCUGGCAGCCUCCGCCAAAGAGGAAAAGGAAGAAGAGGCAGAGGAGAAGGAAGAGGAACAGGAAGCCGAGAAGUCUCCUGUGAAGUCUCCUGAGGCCAAGGAAGAAGAGAAAGGUGAAAAGGAGGAAGAAGAAGGCCAGGAGGAGGAAGAAGAGGAAGAUGAAGGUGCCAAGUCAGACCAGGCAGAAGAGGGAGGAUCUGAGAAGGAAGGCUCCAGCGAAAAGGAUGAAGGUGAGCAGGAAGAAGAGGGAGAGACUGAGGCAGAAGGUGAAGGAGAGGAAGUAGAAGCUAAGGAGGAAAAGAAAUCUGAAGAAAAAGUUGAAGAAGUGGCUGUCAAGGAGGAAAUCAAGAUUGAGAAGCAAGAGAAAGCCAAGUCUCCUGUGCCAAAAUCACCAGUUGAAGAGGUAAAGCCAAAACCAGAAACCAAAGCCGGGAAAGACGAGCAGAAGGAGGAAGAGAAAGUUAAGGAGGAAAAGAAGGAAGUUGUCAAGGAAGCACCCAAGGAAGAGAAGGUAGAGAAAAAGGAGGAAAAGCCAAAAGAUGUGCCAGAGAAGAAGGCUGAGUCCCCGGUGAAAGAGAAAGCUGUGGAGGAGGUGAUCACCAUCACCAAGUCGGUAAAGGUGAGCCUGGAGAAAGACACCAAAGAGGAGAAGCCUCAGCAGCAGGAGAAAGUGAAGGAGAAGGAGAAGGCGGAGGAGGAGGAGGAGGAGGGAGGGAGUGAGGAGGAGGGGAGCGACCGCAGCCCACAGGAAUCCAGGAAGGAAGACAUAGCUAUCAAUGGGGAGGUGGAAGGCAAAGAGGAGGAGCAGGAAACUCAGGAAAAGGGCAGUGGGCGGGACGAGGAGAAAGGGGUGGUCACUAAUGGGUUAGAUGUGAGCCCAGCAGAUGAAAAGAAAGGAGAUGAGGACAAAGUGGUGGUGACCAAGAAGGUGGAAAAAAUCACCAGCGAGGGGGGCGAUGGUGCUACCAAAUACAUCACCAAAUCCGUAACCGUCACUCAAAAGGUCGAAGAGCAUGAGGAGACCUUUGAGGAGAAACUAGUGUCAACUAAAAAGGUAGAAAAAGUCACUUCACACGCCAUAGUCAAGGAAGUCACCCAGGGUGACUAAGAUCUGAGUCCAUUGCAAAAGGUUAAGCCAUACGACAAUUUCAAAAUGCAUGUGAUUGACAGCUUCAAAACAGAAUGGGUUCUCCCAUGGGGGCUCCAGACAUUGUAUUUUUCCUUUGUGCAAUAAGAGGGAACUGCAUGCAAGCUCAGGGUGCCUCCUCCUCAGUCUUUGGGGGAAUCCAAAUGCAUGAUUUGUAUGUAUGUACCUGGGGAAUUUGCCAGUUUCCCAAACUGUUGGAAGAGGGGCACUGGGGGGAUGUCUUGAGAUGUAUUAUGCAAAGUACCAACUGAGCCAAAAAUAAUAAGUGAAACAGAACUCUCUUAGCCUUAAGAAAGCUAUAUAUGAAUACUUAUGUUUACCUCACUGGUGCAUUUAAAACGGACUUCUGCUCAUGGGAGAACCUUGCUGGCCGCACAGUUUGCAACCUUACGUUGAUCGAUGUUCAAUGUCACAUCAGUCCUUGCUCAAUAAAGGUCAUACUGGAAACAUAA